CUUCCGGUAAGAGGUCGCGCAUUUCUCUACGCUCAUGGACCCUUUUCCGGUAGGGUGACAAAAUGACUGGCUUCAGUAAUAAGCCAAUAUUAAUCGAUGGCCGUGGCCAUUUACUUGGCCGUUUGGCAGCAAUUAUUGCCAAAACGAUUCUGCAAGGCAACAAAGUGAUUGUUGUUCGCAGUGAACAACUUAACAUUUCUGGUAACUUUUUCAGGAACAAGUUGAAAUUCAUGUCAUUUUUACGUAAAAGAUGUAACGUAAAUCCAGCUCGUGGACCUUUCCAUUUCCGUGCGCCUAGUAAAAUACUAUGGAAGACAGUUCGUGGAAUGAUUCCACACAAAACACAAAGGGGAAAGGAUGCUAUAAGAAGGUUAAAGGUUUACGAAGGAUGCCCACCACCGUACGAUCGCAGGAAACGUGUUGUUGUACCAGGCGCAAUGAGAGUUAUGUGUCUAAAGCCUGGUAGGAAGUACUGUCACGUAGGUAGAUUAUCUCAUGAAGUGGGAUGGAAAUAUAAGGCUGUUGUACGCACAUUGGAAAACAAGAGGCGUGUCAGAGCAAUCGCCGAGGUUCAAAACAGGGACAAACUCAAGAAACUUACCAAACAAGCUGGGCAGACAGCUGUUAAAGCUACAAGACCAUUCACUGAAAUUAUUAAUAGUUUUGGAUACAAUUAAUACGAAAAUUGUAAAAAUAAUAAAAUUCCAUAAAGAUUC